UUCGGAGUCGGGCGGCUCCUCUCUUCGAAGCACCUCUCAUCGGGAGCGGGCGGCUGCGACUGCAUCUUGGGCGGCCGUCCGUGCCGAGAACCAUGAGACCCGGGGGCUCAGGCUGCUCCGACGGGCUGCUGCUGAUAGUCGGCUGGCUGCUUCUAGCGGGCCUCCAGUCAACGUUCAGAAUCAACGUCACCGCGGUCCAGGAUCCCAGCUUGGCCAACGAGGGCGAGGGCGAGGGCGAGAACGAGGCCAAGGAGGAGAAAGAAAACGACAGCGAGGCCGAGAACGAGCCCCAGGCUGAGGCCGAGGAGGAUGGUAAGUGUGUUGGUAUAAGAGAAGUUAUAUUAACAAAUGGAUGCCCUGGGAGUGAAUCCAAAUGUAUCGUACGGGUGGAAGAAUGUCGUGGACCAGUAGAUUGUGGCUGGGGUAAACCAAUUUCAGAAAGUCUUGAAAGUGUUAGGCUAGCAUGUGUUCAUACAUCUCCUGUAAACCGUUUCAAAUAUAUUUGGAGACUUCUAAGGCCAGACCAACAAGCCAUUAUACUUGCAAAUGAUUCAGCAAUCCUGGAGGUUCACAGGGAUACUCACCCUAAGGCUUUUGAGUGUGAAACGUUGGAUAAUAAUGAAAUAGUAGCAUCUAUUAAAUUCACAAUCUAUACAACAACUGAAUUGCAGAUGAAAAAAUCAAGCCGACCAGACAUUGAUGCAGUCCUAGUUUUUGUUCUGACCAUAGGAGUUAUUAUCUGUAUAUUCGUGAUCUUUGUACUGAUCUUCAUAAUUAUAAACUGGGCGGCAGUCAAAAAUUUCUGGGGGGCAAAAGCCUCGACAACUGGGAUACAGUCUGAGCUGAGUUCAAUGAGAUACAAAGAUACAACCUAUCUUGACCAAUCACCAACAGAAAUACCUGGACGUGAAGAUGAUGCUUUAAGUGAAUGGAAUGAAUGA